CUGUGAGACAAAUAUCUUUCUUUCUUCUUCUUCUUUUACUAUUCUUCUAUAUCUUAUUUACUUUGGGAUUAUCAGCUUUUUUAUAUGAAGAAUAAAUUUAAUACUCCCUGGAAAUACAUGAAUUAUUAAAGGAGGAAGGUUAAUCUUGGAUUGCACCGUACUUGUAUACAUAUUUUUGCUGCUUUGAAGAACUACCAGGUAGAUGGUAACAAGGAAAUGAUGGCAAUUGGGUUAAUGAAUGUGAUUGGCUCCGCCACUUCCUGUUGUGUCACAGCAGGAGCUUUCUCUCGUUCUGCUGUCAAUCACAACGCAGGAGCCAAAACGGCGGUUUCCAACAUUAUAAUGUCAGUGACAGUUAUGGUGACCCUCCUCUUCCUAAUGCUUCUAUUCCAGUACACCCCAAAUGUUGUAUUGGGUGCCAUCAUAGUAACAGCAGUAAAUGGCCUCGUAGACAUCCCAGCUGCUUGCCAGAAAUGGAAGAUCGACAAAUUUGAUUUUGUUGUGAUGUUGUGUGCAUUCUUUGGUGUUAUUUCUGUCUCUGUCCAGGACGGCCUUGCCAUUGCGGUAGGGAUAUCAAUAUUCAAGAUCCUUCUUCAAGUCACAAGGCGAAAGACCGUGGUUCUGGGAAACAUACCUGGGACAGAUAUAUUCCGUAAUCUUAUCAUUACAAGGAAGCUAUGAGGAUCCCUGGUUUCUUCAUUUUAAGUAUUGAAGCUCCAAUCAAUUUACUUUGCUAGUACAACCUACCUCAAAGAAAGGUUUUUCUGUGCACUCAGUAGCUCAUAAAGCAUACUUGCACUUCCCAUCAUGACUCUAAUAAUUCUCCUUUAAUUUUUCCUUCUUUUUUCUUUUUUUAUGGUAACUCUCCUUUAACUUUGUAACCGGAUUCUGAGAUGGCAGAUGAAUAUGAAACUGAAGAAGACACAAAGAGACAGUUAAGUAUUCAUUUUCUGAUA